UGAUUUUUGCACAAGCUUCCUCGUUUUUCCCAGUCCCUUAGACCUUGAGUAUAAUCCAUUCUUGAAGAUAUAUCAGGUUUGAAUGUUACCAAGUUGAAAAUAAUUGUUUUCCUGUAUUCCAUAAAUAUGCUUUUAAUGUACAGAUGCUAUACAGAAUGUUCGUCAAAGAAUCCCCCACUCUUUUUGAUUGUUGACUUAUUUAUUUAUAUCAAAUCUCCUGGUUCUUUUUCUGAUCUGCAGUUCUACAAUAAAACUGAUUAAGUUAAACUCUAUGGUAUUGCAGAUUCAAUGUCUGUGUGGAAUCUCCUUAGAGAGUUCUGCAUCAGGAAGAUGCACAUGGCUGUUGUUCUUAAUGAAUAUGGAGGAACUGUUGGAAUAGUCACCCUUGGAGACGUGGUUGAGGAAAUUGUUGGUGAUAUUUUUGACGAAAAUGAUUCGAAAGAGGAAAUCCAGAAGAAAACUGGCUAUAUUGUUAUGAGUGCUGAGGGCAUAUAUGAUGUGGAUGCUAAUACAUCAAUUGACAGCUUUCUGAAGACCUUAAUAUUAAAAUGCCCGAGGGCCAUCAAUAUGAAACGGUGUCUGGUUUUGUAUGUGAGGCAUUUGGAUAUAUCCCAAGGACGGGUGAAACCAUAAAAGUGGUACUUGAAAGAGCAAAUAGAGAAGAUCAUGGUGACUAUAAUGGGGUAGAAUCUGAACGGCAAGACGAAAAAGAAAAGACAAAUUUUUAAGCUGGAGAUAUUAGAAGGAAAUGCCAGAAAGGUUAGCUCGGUUAGAUUCAAACAUAUAAACCACGAUGAUGCAGCAUCAGAGGUAACACACUUGGUUCCCAAAAUCAUGAAAAGGAAGUGGAGUAACACUGAUUACUCGGAUAGGGAAGAAAUCAACGAGGUUCCAUUUCAGGAGAUUCAGAUAAAGAUGGCUACUCUAAUAAUUAUGUAAACUCUGUACAUGAAGACACUGUUGAUCAUUUAAGUAAACAGUAGUUGCAUUACUCCAUUAUUUCCAUCUUUACUGGAAUGAAAUGAAAGUAAAGAGAAAUUUUGCAUAUUUAAAAAACGGAAAUGCUGAUCUACCAGGGUCAUUUACCAAGCUUCCUACAUGCUCCUCACACUGAGGUGGGCCCCACGUCUGAUCAUCAUGCAUUAAAAAAUUGCAACAAAAAUGGCUGACCCACCAACUGAGUCACAGCCUGUAAGAGCCCUAUAAGGGUUGGCCCUGGAAGUGUAGCAUCACUCUUUAAAAAAUGCUAUCAUGUAUACUCAGCUAGCAUGUGAACUUUUUAGAGACACAGAAAGUUUUACAAUCCAUUUUAUUUGGUCAAAAGUCAAGAGUUGAAUUUUCAAAGUUGAAAUCAAAUGAGGACUUUAAUGAAGUAAAUUAUUUUAUUGGGGUUAGUUUACAAAUUGAAAAUAUUUUGAGGGUCUAAGAUGGAUAAAUUUUAAAGUUACGGAUUUACUUUUCUAGUAUUGAAAGGUAAGGGUUUAAGGAAGUGCAUCCGAAAUUAGAGGACUUUCUUUGCAAAUUAGGUUAGUGGCCCAUUUUAAAACCAAUUAAAACCCAAUUACCCAUUUCAUUUUUCACCCAAUUACAUACACACGAAGCUGGUAACGAGUUGGAGCAGAAACAGAGAAAAAUCGGCAGAAAGAAGAAAGAAAAGGAAAAAAAGAAAAAGGAAAAAGGAGGGAAGAAAAGCUUGUUCCGUUGUUCAAUUUCUUCAUUUUUUAUAAAGAGUUAAAGAAGUAAAUGAUUUGUAGUAUAAUUUAUAUUAAAUUGUCUAAGGUUCUAUAUGGUUGGUUUAAUUUUCAGAUUUAAGGAAAGAGUAUGAUGUAAAACCGAUAUUUUUGAUUUGUCAAAGAUUUUAUUUUUUUAUAUCAAGGUAAGUUAUACCAUUUAUGGUGUACCCUAGGUUUUAUAAUUAGAUUCUUGGGUAAAGAUAAUUUGGAAAAAUGAUAGUUUUCAUGAAAUAAUCACAUGAAAGGAUGAUUUUAUAGAACAAGUUGUGUGUUAAAUGGGAGGAUUUAUGGUUAUUAGUUUUCAUUAGAUUGGAAAGUAUGAUUAUUUUAUGCUUGGGAUGAAAGUAAUUUUGAUAAAUUAAAAACAAGUGAAGGAAUUAGUGAAUAGAAUUAUCUCCAAUUGAUUAAAGAAAAUUUGGGGAAUUCAUUCAAGUAUCGAGAAAUGGAGAUUCAAGAGAAAAUUUGAAAGUUGAGGAAUUAAGUGGUAACUUUGCAUUAGUUUAAUUGUCAUAUUUUAAUUUGAGUUAUUAGAAAAUUUGAAAGUUGUGGAAUUAAGUGGUGACUUUGCAUUAGUUUAAUUGUCAUAUUUUAAUUUGAGUUAUUAUACUAUUAUUUCAGGUAGUGAAGUGGAAGUUUGGAGAUGCCCGUCAAUUUAGCCAAGAUUUUUAUCCAUAGAGCGAUAGUACCUGCGUUGAGCCACAUUGGAGCUUGUCGAUCUACGAGUUGAGCCACACAAUGUCAUUUCUUGUAUGUCUCAUCUUGUCAGUUAAUACAUCACAUAUUUUUGGAAUUGAUGCAUCUUUUAUCAGAAAAUGUAUUUAUAUCACGGGCUUAUUGCAUAUUUCUUUA